AUGUGGAUAUUGAGCCUAUGGAUUAAAAAUCAAAAACCCAUCCUGUUUAAGAUGAAAGAUAAGCAUUUUUCAAUUUUAUUAAAUCAAUAAUUGGGAUUGGAGCAAUUACAUUUCCUUUUGCAGCUAACAAAGUCGGAUGGUUAGGUUCAAUUUUAAUAACAAUACCAGUACUCUUUUGCACGAUAAAGUAUUUUUAUUUACAUUUAUGAUCUAACACAUUCUUAAUCGAAGUGGCAGAUUAUUACUCUAAUAGGAAAUUGCUUUUCGGAGAUAUAGUGGAAUUAACUUUGAA